AUGUGCUGUGAGCCAUGGAAGAAAGAACCUUGCUCAGGGCGAUGCAACAAGCAGCUUAAAGUUUACCAAUCUGGGCAAAAAGGACGAAAAGGUAAAACCUGUACCCACCCUUGUAGCGGAAUUUGUGGUGAAAAGUGUGUCUGUUCCAUUUGUGAAAAGAUUCAACAAAUUAAAAGGCCCACCCAAGCCGCUCGGAAUAGGCAAACCAAUAUCGUAUCUGGCGAUCUUAUUUUGAAGCUUCCAUUAUGCAAUCAUGUAUUUCGUCUCAAUGAACUUGAUGACUAUGUUGCUCAAAAUUCUUCUGGUGGUCGAUACAUCUACUGUCCAGUUUGUCCCAAACCUUUGCUCAACUGUCUGCGUUAUGAGAAUAUAAACUUGCAACAAUUUCAGCAAAGGGAAAAGGAAAAAAGGGAAUUAAUCGAAAGAAGCUCUAUCACAUUACAAAACAAACGUCAAAUUGAAGAGUUUAAAAACUUUUUAAGCAAAUUUGAAGAUUACAAAUAUUUCAAAGACAAACUUGAUGUCACACCUGAGUUUCAUACCAAAGCAGAAUUUCUCUGUGUCUGCUUUAAAAUUAAAUUUAUCUACAUCCUGUGUCUUAUGAAUUUUGAAGAUCAGCUUGGCGAAGAACUAUUGGUCAGAUCUGAUUUCAUUCAAGUAAUCAACCAAUCAGCCUGGUUUACCAAACAAAUGGAGUAUGAGCUAGAACAAGAGAUACUGAGACGGCUUAAACUGUACGUGUUAUCUGCGCUAGAAAAUUAUUGCUCCGAGCAGGACUUUGGUGAUAUCAUGCAUCAAUGGGUUAAAGUUAAAGAAGAUUUAAACGUCGCUCCAGUACAGACUGAGGUCCAGGAACUUGCCCAUCAAGCAAUUGUAUCACUUUUUGAGGAGUUGGACAAAGUCUUAGGACGACGCCGGUCCCAAUUCCUGCAUCUCAAAGAAAACUAUUUCAAAAUAGUGACAGCCUUGAAAUCAAAAACAGAAGACACUUUGUCAGACAUCAUGUGUCCACACAUUAAGAUUGCAAGCUCAGGAAGAAAUACUCCGUUUCUUCAUCUAGACCCUUACUUCAGAAACACGAGUAUCUUGGAAUGGACCAAAAAAGACAUCAUGGAACAAAGCGCAAGUGAGAUAGAGACUUUUCCAGAGCACUUUACUAGACAAUACUUCUAUCAGGACAGGUCAGGUACUCAAGAAACUAAUAUGGGCGCUACAGGACAUAGCAAACAUCAGACAAAGUUGGCUUAUCAAGGAACUGAAACGGACAUCAAUAGUAACAGCUCAACAGAAAAUAGAAAUGUCAUCACAAGCAAAGACACAAGUCACACCCCAGACAAUGACAUCACAAGCAAAGACACAAGUCACACCCCAGACAACGACAUCACAAGCAAAGACACAAGUCACACCCCAGACAAUGACAUCACAAGCAAAGACACAAGUCACACCCCAGACAAUGACAUCACAAGCAAAGACACAAGUCACACCCCAGACAACGAUAUCACAAGCAAAGACACAAGUCACACCCCAGACAAUGACAUCACAAGCAAAGACACAAGUCACACCCCAGACAAUGACAUCACAAGCAAAGACACAAGUCACACCCCAGACAACGACAUCACAAGCAAAGACACAAGUCACACCCCAGACAACGACAUCACAAGCAAAGACACAAGUCACACCCCAGACAACGACAUCACAAGCAAAGACACAAGUCACACCCCAGACAACGACAUCACAAGCAAAGACACAAGUCACACCCCAGACAACGACAUCACAAGCAAAGACACAAGUCACACCCCAGACAACGACAUCACAAGCAAAGACACAAGUCACACCCCAGACAAUGACAUCACAAGCAAAGACACAAGUCACACCCCAGACAAUGACAUCACAAGCAAAGACACAAGUCACACCCCAGACAACGAUAUCACAAGCAAAGACACAAGUCACACCCCAGACAAUGACAUCACAAGCAAAGACACAAGUCACACCCCAGACAAUGACAUCACAAGCAAAGACACAAGUCACACCCCAGACAACGACAUCACAAGCAAAGACACAAGUCACACCCCAGACAACGACAUCACAAGCAAAGACACAAGUCACACCCCAGACAACGACAUCACAAGCAAAGACACAAGUCACACCCCAGACAACGACAUCACAAGCAAAGACACAAGUCACACCCCAGACAAUGACAUCACAAGCAAAGACACAAGUCACACCCCAGACAAUGACAUCACAAGCAAAGACACAAGUCACACCCCAGACAACGACAUCACAAGCAAAGACACAAGUCACACCCCAGACAACGACAUCACAAGCAAAGACACAAGUCACACCCCAGACAACGACAUCACAAGCAAAGACACAAGUCACACCCCAGACAACGACAUCACAAGCAAAGACACAAGUCACACCCCAGACAACGACAUCACAAGCAAAGACACAAGUCACACCCCAGACAACGACAUCACAAGCAAAGACACAAGUCACACCCCAGACAACGACAUCACAAGCAAAGACACAAGUCACACCCCAGACAACGACAUCACAAGCAAAGACACAAGUCACACCCCAGACAACGACAUCACAAGCAAAGACACAAGUCACACCCCAGACAACGGCAUCACAAGCAAAGACACAAGUCACACCCCAGACAACGGCAUCACAAGCAAAGACACAAGUCACACCCCAGACAACGGCAUCACAAGCAAAGACACAAGUCACACCCCAGACAACGGCAUCACAAGCAAAGACACAAGUCACACCCCAGACAACGGCAUCACAAGCAAAGACACAAGUCACACCCCAGACAACGACAUCACAAGCAAAGACACAAGUCACACCCCAGACAACGACAUCACAAGCAAAGACACAAGUCACACCCCAGACAACGACAUCACAAGCAAAGACACAAGUCACACCCCAGACAACGACAUCACAAGCAAAGACACAAGUCACACCCCAGACAACGACAUCACAAGCAAAGACACAAGUCACACCCCAGACAACGACAUCACAAGCAAAGACACAAGUCACACCCCAGACAACGACAUCACAAGCAAAGACACAAGUCACACCCCAGACAACGGCAUCACAAGCAAAGACACAAGUCACACCCCAGACAACGGCAUCACAAGCAAAGACACAAGUCACACCCCAGACAACGACAUCACAAGCAAAGACACAAGUCACACCCCAGACAACGACAUCACAAGCAAAGACACAAGUCACACCCCAGACAACGACAUCACAAGCAAAGACACAAGUCACACCCCAGACAACGACAUCACAAGCAAAGACACAAGUCACACCCCAGACAACGACAUCACAAGCAAAGACACAAGUCACACCCCAGACAACGACAUCACAAGCAAAGACACAAGUCACACCCCAGACAACGACAUCACAAGCAAAGACACAAGUCACACCCCAGACAACGACAUCACAAGCAAAGACACAAGUCACACCCCAGACAACGACAUCACAAGCAAAGACACAAGUCACACCCCAGACAACGGCAUCACAAGCAAAGACACAAGUCACACCCCAGACAACGGCAUCACAAGCAAAGACACAAGUCACACCCCAGACAACGACAUCACAAGCAAAGACACAAGUCACACCCCAGACAACGACAUCACAAGCAAAGACACAAGUCACACCCCAGACAACGGCAUCACAAGCAAAGACACAAGUCACACCCCAGACAACGACAUCACAAGCAAAGACACAAGUCACACCCCAGACAACGGCAUCACAAGCAAAGACACAAGUCACACCCCAGACAACGACAUCACAAGCAAAGACACAAGUCACACCCCAGACAACGGCAUCACAAGCAAAGACACAAGUCACACCCCAGACAACGGCAUCACAAGCAAAGACACAAGUCACACCCCAGACAACGACAUCACAAGCAAAGACACAAGUCACACCCCAGACAACGGCAUCACAAGCAAAGACACAAGUCACACCCCAGACAACGGCAUCACAAGCAAAGACACAAGUCACACCCCAGACAACGGCAUCACAAGCAAAGACACAAGUCACACCCCAGACAACGACAUCACAAGCAAAGACACAAGUCACACCCCAGACAACGACAUCACAAGCAAAGACACAAGUCACACCCCAGACAACGACAUCACAAGCAAAGACACAAGUCACACCCCAGACAACGACAUCACAAGCAAAGACACAAGUCACACCCCAGACAACGACAUCACAAGCAAAGACACAAGUCACACCCCAGACAACGACAUCACAAGCAAAGACACAAGUCACACCCCAGACAACGACAUCACAAGCAAAGACACAAGUCACACCCCAGACAACGGCAUCACAAGCAAAGACACAAGUCACACCCCAGACAACGACAUCACAAGCAAAGACACAAGUCACACCCCAGACAACGACAUCACAAGCAAAGACACAAGUCACACCCCAGACAACGACAUCACAAGCAAAGACACAAGUCACACCCCAGACAACGGCAUCACAAGCAAAGACACAAGUCACACCCCAGACAACGACAUCACAAGCAAAGACACAAGUCACACCCCAGACAACGACAUCACAAGCAAAGACACAAGUCACACCCCAGACAACGACAUCACAAGCAAAGACACAAGUCACACCCCAGACAACGACAUCACAAGCAAAGACACAAGUCACACCCCAGACAACGACAUCACAAGCAAAGACACAAGUCACACCCCAGACAACGACAUCACAAGCAAAGACACAAGUCACACCCCAGACAACGGCAUCACAAGCAAAGACACAAGUCACACCCCAGACAACGACAUCACAAGCAAAGACACAAGUCACACCCCAGACAACGACAUCACAAGCAAAGACACAAGUCACACCCCAGACAACGACAUCACAAGCAAAGACACAAGUCACACCCCAGACAACGACAUCACAAGCAAAGACACAAGUCACACCCCAGACAACGGCAUCACAAGCAAAGACACAAGUCACACCCCAGACAACGGCAUCACAAGCAAAGACACAAGUCACACCCCAGACAACGGCAUCACAAGCAAAGACACAAGUCACACCCCAGACAACGACAUCACAAGCAAAGACACAAGUCACACCCCAGACAACGACAUCACAAGCAAAGACACAAGUCACACCCCAGACAACGACAUCACAAGCAAAGACACAAGUCACACCCCAGACAACGGCAUCACAAGCAAAGACACAAGUCACACCCCAGACAACGGCAUCACAAGCAAAGACACAAGUCACACCCCAGACAACGGCAUCACAAGCAAAGACACAAGUCACACCCCAGACAACGACAUCACAAGCAAAGACACAAGUCACACCCCAGACAACGACAUCACAAGCAAAGACACAAGUCACACCCCAGACAACGACAUCACAAGCAAAGACACAAGUCACACCCCAGACAACGGCAUCACAAGCAAAGACACAAGUCACACCCCAGACAACGGCAUCACAAGCAAAGACACAAGUCACACCCCAGACAACGGCAUCACAAGCAAAGACACAAGUCACACCCCAGACAACGACAUCACAAGCAAAGACACAAGUCACACCCCAGACAACGACAUCACAAGCAAAGACACAAGUCACACCCCAGACAACGGCAUCACAAGCAAAGACACAAGUCACACCCCAGACAACGACAUCACAAGCAAAGACACAAGUCACACCCCAGACAACGACAUCACAAGCAAAGACACAAGUCACACCCCAGACAACGACAUCACAAGCAAAGACACAAGUCACACCCCAGACAACGGCAUCACAAGCAAAGACACAAGUCACACCCCAGACAACGGCAUCACAAGCAAAGACACAAGUCACACCCCAGACAACGGCAUCACAAGCAAAGACACAAGUCACACCCCAGACAACGGCAUCACAAGCAAAGACACAAGUCACACCCCAGACAACGACAUCACAAGCAAAGACACAAGUCACACCCCAGACAACGACAUCACAAGCAAAGACACAAGUCACACCCCAGACAACGACAUCACAAGCAAAGACACAAGUCACACCCCCGACUGCUACAAGUAUGAAAAGUGACCAAGGCGCCAGUGGUGCUAAAAGGGAGACGCCCAUGAAGGACUCUCCGCCUUUAGAAGCUUCCGGUGACAGCAGUGAACAAGACACAUUCAAUAAAAGGAAAGACAAAAAGUCAAAGACAGAGAAAAGAAUGGAGAAGAGAAGAAAGAGA